AUCCACCUCCGCCUCCACCUUGUUAUCUUCUAGCAAAUGCUCCGUUAUCUCCGCAUCCGCAUUGAUUACGGUUCCCAUCCUUGUUGGUGGCAACUAGGAGGAGUCAGAGGUGGAGAGAUCAGAAGAUUGAUCGUUAAUGGUGGUGAUGAAGAUGAAGGGCCGGAGUUGAAUAAAGAGAAGAGAAGAGAUUGCUUGCUGGGUUGGUACUUUAUCGGCGAAAAUGAUGGGCAACAAGAAGAUAGGGGAUGGAUCAAGGAUGGGCAUUGGUCAGAAGAGAGAGAAUCGUGGUUUCUACUAUGUUUAUGUAGCAAGACAAGUAUCAUUCAUUCACGCGCCAGGUUUUUGGUAAUAGUGACACACAAUACCGGCGGAAGUGCGCCCUUGGGAAUUUCCACUAUUCCCACUGUGAGGAUGCUUGGAAGUGUGCCCUUGGGAAUUUCCACCGUUCCCGACGACCAACGAGAGCACUGUGAGGAUGGGAACUUCAGGUAUACUUGGUUGCGAUUGCUCAGAACGAAUCAGACGUGGGAAUACAUCAGUCAGAGUAGGGAUCUCAGAGUUACUAAGAAUUGUUGACCUAGUUGUGUCAAACUCAGAAGGGAGACCUGCCAAAAAACUCAUAACAGCUAAUUGUUCACGUUGCUUCUACUGCUCUUUAAUGUCGGUAGUGAAAGGCUCAUAAGCUUAUUAAGGGCUUCAUAUGUUCUCUUAAAUUCCAUAAAAUAUGCAGUGAGAGACAAAUUGUGUUUCUCGGCACGGUAAAAAGAUGUACAAACUCAUAAAUGCGAGUGAUA